CUCUAUUCUACAUUUCUUCACAAAAUAGUCUAUAAAAUUGCUUAUCAAUGUUAAUUUAAAAAUUUCCUUCCCUCCUCAGUUUCCUCCUCAGUUUCUUCUGUUUUAUUAAUGGGUAACUCAUCUAAACGGUGAUAACAGCCACUGUAGCAAAGGACCUUUUAGCCACCGUAACUCCUCUUUUAAAGCUUUACAAAUGUUUUAGGAUUGUCCUAAUGUACAAUGACCAAAGCUAUUAAUUCAAGAUUAUUUGAAAAUUAUAAAGUCUUAAUUUUCAGAUUCUCCCAAUGGACGAAGCACUGCUCUCUGAAAAUCUUUGUUACUACUUCUGGGACCGAUAUAACAAUCAAAAAAACAACUUUCAAGACACAGAAGGCAUCAGUGACCAAUCACCAAUUGCUGAAUAUGUAUUGUUUGUGAUGUCUAUUCUAAUCUGUGUCAUUGGUUUGACUGGCAAUGUUAUAGUCAUCUGUGUUAUUGGAUUUAUUGUGAAGACCCAUAAAUGCAAAAUCUGGUUUCUGAACUUGGCCUUUGCCAAUUUUGUAUUUCUCCUGUGCAUGCCACUUGAUGCUAUUAGUGAAUUUACAGGGAAUUGGAUCUUUGGAUUGGUUCUAUGUAAAACGUACAAUUUUCUCUACACAUGCAACAAAUACUCCAGCGUUUUCAUCAUUACAGCGCUGAACAUUGAACGUGUCCUGUCUGUGGCUAAACCAAUAUGGCAUCUAAGGGUCUUCUCUCGACGCAUUUGCUUCUGGAUCUGUUCAGUCAUUUGGUCAGUAACAGUGAUCUUUAGUUUUCCUUUAAUAUUAUAUAGCAGUAUCUCUUCUGAUGAUGAUGGAAAGAAUGAGUGCAGAUGGUAUGAUUUCAGGAGCAGUCUACAAAAUACUAGUAAAGAAGUAUAUGAUAUGGCUUCUGGGGGAUACAGCACAGCAUCAGAAUCUUAUAACCUCAAUUAUGAAUAUGAGUGGCUGCCACAUAGCCGUGAGCAAUGCAAAGACAGCAGUUGCUGUUAUAGUGCAGAGAUGAAUGAAUGGUGGAUUUACCUUAUCUUUUUAGCAAAGUCUGUUAUUAUCCCAUUAAUUCUAUUUGGCUGCUUUAUUCCUCUGUGCAUUAUUGUGUUUUCCAACCUCACUAUUGCCAUAAUAAUAAGUAAAUCCCAAACAGUUAAACCUCCUCGAUUGUACAAAAUUGUAAUUACAGUGGUCCUGCUUUAUUUCCUUACCUGGAUUCCAAAUGUCAUAGGUCUGAUUAUUUUGAUCAAAGCCAUUUUCAGCAUGGAUUUCCUACUGUUUAUUAAAAUUGGUACUUAUUUGCCUCUGCUGGAAAUUAUAUCUGAUUCCAACUGUUGCCUCAGUCCCCUAAUUUAUGUUUUAGUGGACCAAAGGGUCCAAAAUGUGCUCACAUGUUCCAAGACAACAGUCACACGUCCACAUGUGACAACAGAGAACUUAAAGUUAAGUUCAUAG